CACUCGUUCGCUUGUCGCUUACUUUCACUUUUGAACGCUUUUUGAACAACCAUGUUGGUCUGGAUGGAUAUUUUCACCGAUGACGAAGUCGUCUCGGACUCGCACAAGGUGUACGAAGCCAAGGACAAGGAGGGAAACCUCAUCCCUGGUAUGCUUGAAGUGGCCAGUAAGACCGUGUCCAAGGGCGGCGUGAACGUCGAUGUCGGCUGCGGUGACGCGUUCGGCGGCGGAGACAACGAAGUCGACGACAGCGUGGAAACCGUCAACAACAUCAUCGACGAAUCCGUCGGGUUCGGGUACACCGAGACCGGUUUCAACUCGAAGGCCGACCUGAAGACGUACUUGAAGUCGUACUUCCGCAAGAUCAUCAAGCACUUGAAGGCGACCAACGCCAGCGACGAAACGUUGGACUCGUUCAAGAGCGACGCGCAAGAAAUCGUCAAGGCCCUCGUGGGCUUGUACGACGACCUCCAAUACUACAUGUUCCGCUCCAUGGACUCGGAAGCCGGCAUGGCGUUCUCGUACUACAAGGAAGGCGAAGCCACCCCCGUGUUUUUGUACAUCAAGUGGGGCUUGAAGGAAGUCAAGUUUUAAAUAUUUUGAGCUUGAUAAUAUGACCGAUUCCGUUGCAUUAUCUAUUCCAAAUCAA